AUGCCGCUCGCUCCCACAGUCAGAAUAGUAUCCAGAUCUCCCCAAUACCAAAAGAGAUACCCAACGCUCGACUUGUUCCAUGCCAACGUGCACGAAGUCAACGCAACGACCGGAAACGCCGUGCCGUACAAUACAUCCCUCGGGAUCUUUGACUUCAGCGGCCCUAUUGAACUUGCCAUUGAACCGUCUAGAGACUCUUUUCCAUCGAUAGAUGCUGUUCGUGUUCGCCCCCUUUCCUACGGCCUGCGGGCAGAUGUCCGUGGUCGUGUCAUCUACUUGUCUCUCACUGAGCCUGCGAACCUCGUUGUCGAGCUCAAUGGGGACGUCUUUAACGUCUUGCAUCUCUUUCUGGACAGGGCCAAGAACGAUAGUUUCACGGAAGAGCAAGUCAAAGGAAACUCAUCCGUUAUUUACUACGACGCCGGAUACCACGAGCUCAGUGAGGUGGUGAACGUCACUUCCGGACAGACAGUUUAUCUUGCUCCUGGCUCCGUGGUACAAGGGGGCUUCAAUUUCGAGAAGAUCUCGGACGCAGCCAUUAUCGGGCGCGGGGUGCUCUACAAGAGUCCCAGCGAGGCCAUCACAAUCAGCUACUCCCAAAGGAUCCGCGUCGCGGGAGUCACCGUGCUCAAUCCAGCUCACUACUCGGUGAUGAUUGGCUCUAGCAGAGAUAUCACCGUCUCUGGCCUGCGGUCCAUCAGCGCGGUCCAGUGGGGCGACGGUAUUGACGUCUUUUGCAGUCAGGACGUGGUGCUUGAGAAGCUGUUCAUGCGUAACUCGGACGACUGCGUUGCUUUAUACCAGCACCGCUGGGAAUAUUACGGGGAUUCGAAGAACAUCACAUUACGGGACUCGUCUCUAUGGGCUGAUGUGGCACACCCCAUUCAUCUGGGACUCCACGGGAACCCUGACGCCCCGGAAGUGAUGGAAGGUGUGACGAUUUCGAAUAUUGAUAUUCUUGACCACCGCGAGCCGCAGGUUGAUUAUCAGGGCUGUCUGGCGAUUAACUGCGGGGACGAGAACCUACUCAAGGAUAUUCUUUUUGAAGAUAUCCGCGUCGAAGAUUUCCGGCUCGGUAUGCUUCUCAGCUUCAAGGUUCUAUAUAACCAGAAGUAUAAUCUGGCGCCUGGGAGGGGAGUUCACAAUGUUACAGUCAGGAAUCUGUCGUAUAAUGGGGUAGGAGGUAACAUCCCAGCCAUAGCGGGGUAUAACAAGGACCGGAACAUUCAGUUCGUGGACUUCCAGGGUUUGGAGGUCAAUGGUGUGCAUGUCUGGGAGGGUAUGCAGAAGCCAGGCUGGUAUUCUGCGGCUGAUUUUGUUCCCAUGUAUAUUGGUGCUCAUGUAGCAAACUUGACGUGGUCAGGUUAG